AUGGAGCAUACUUUUAUAACCAUUCACAAUCUGUCACCUGAAGCCAAUAUUCUCUUCGCUUCAGCCUCAAUCACCGAAAUCCUUGGAUAUGAGCCUCAUGAAGUCCAGGGCCGGCCAUGCUUCGACUAUUUCCAUCCAGACGAGGAGGCAUGGGCAAGGAAGAUUCAUGGCAGAGGUGUGCGAUUAGACAAAGCUGCUUCGCUCCAUUAUCUGCGAGUGCAGCAUCGAAAUGGGCAAUGGAUCAGCUGCGAGUGUUGCUUCACCAUAGUUCAUGAUGUUCUGGUAGCUUGUACCAGUAUUUAUCGAAUUGGAGCCAAGAGCGAACGACGGGCUAUCGAGGCACCACAAAUUCGGAGGAUCUUCUCGAGUUCACCGCGGGACCCUCGCUAUCACAUGCUCGAGCACCUCUCCCCCAAGUUCCGGAUGCCACCUGUGGAGCGAGAACCUCGGGCUGCCUUGAUCCUAAACAGGUUUACCAGGCCGUUGUCGAUCAUGUUUUCCACAGAUGCUGUUUCGCAGAUCCUUGGUCUCAGACCUGACCAAAUCCAGCACAAAAGCUUCUACGAAUGUAUAGCGAACAAUUGUUUGGCUGAUGCUGUUAGGUGUCUCGAAAGUGCCAAGUCCAACGACUCGAUUGCGUAUCUGAGAUUCUGGUUCCGUGAUCCAAGGACACAGGAAGAGCUUGAUGCAGAAAUAGACGGAGGCGUAGACGGCAUCGAUGGUGUCCGUGGAGGUCAUGGAAUGGAUGGUGCUAACGGCGUUGACGGAGUCGAUGGAGUCCGCGGCAGAGGCAGUCCAAGCAGCAGCGAUAUGGACUCGGACGGCGGUGCUCAUCUCAGCUCUCCCAUGGACUUGGACGAUGAUGGCGAUGCGGUCAUCAAGACCGAGUCAAUGAGUCCCGACCCUUCCAAAGCUGAAGUUCUUGGAUCUAUACGCCGUGAAGAGGCAUCCACAAACCAUGCAGCUGGAUCCUCGAACGCGGCUCCCGACGCCAGGGAGCCAGCACAAGGACGGACUAACGUUGCCGACCAGGAUGAUAUCCAGGGUGGCAAUCAGGAUGGCAAUAGACGCCAGCAGGGGCCUUUACCGGCUGUCGAGCUCGAAGCCGUUGUGUCCUGCACAUCAGAUGGGCUUGUUGUGAUUCUUCGACGCGCCCGGCCAGCAAUACCCAACAUGUACUCACCGUCAAUAUCGAUACAUUCUCAGAAUGGCCUCUUUGCAGCACCCUGGGGCGAGCAGCCAAUACAACCGUACUACCCCCCAGAACUCUAUCAUCGCUUCCAAUCGCCACUUCUCCCCCAACACAUGCCCUUACAGGAACAUGCUAAAGCCGCGGGUGGGCCGCCAACAGACAUGUUGAUGCGUUCGAUCCGAGAUGUGGCAGUUUUCGCAUGGGCUUUGUGCGGCAUCAACGGCAACUUUGCGGCGUACGGGCGUGGAAUACCUCGCGGAGAAGCUCAACCUCCGAAUGGACUGCCGAUAUGGGACCCGAGCGGCGGACAAACGUCGUAUCUGGGCCCGGAGAAUCAAGCGCGGUACCGAUGGCAGCAGUCGGGUCUAAACGAUCACAAGGGCAAAGGGCUGGCUUCUUCCAACCACCGCUACAUGCCGGGGCCAUCUGGUGGAGGUCUGAAUAGUUACGGGUCUGCCUAUGGUGGGUCGAACUACACAAGCCAGCAUUACUCGCGGCCGUCCUGGGGACAGUCAACAGGCUAUAGCCAUAUGGGGCAUGAACACAUGUAUCACCAAUCGCACCACGCACCGCAAAUGGCGGCAAGUUACCACCAGGGCUAUCCUGUACAGGAGCCUUGGGCCGAGGCAGCGGCAGCUAAUCUUGCACAACAGCAACAACAAGAACAAGGACAAAACGGGGACCAGUCUGUGGCGGGUGUGCAGGCAUCAAAUCCGGUUCAGGAACCGCGCAACAUCCGUCGCAUGUGGCAGUAG